UGCGGAGAAAACUCCCGAAGCCUGGGUGGGGGAUUGGAAGCGCCUCAGACCAUAUUGGGGGCAUCUGGCUUCCAGAACCUACGAGCCCCGCCCCUGCCGCUCUCCGGGGAUCCCGGGGGAGCGCCCGGGCCUGCGGCCGCCUUCACAACCUCCGAACCCACGGCCCGGUCGCCCGCGACCACUGACCCCCGGCUCACACCCCAGCGCUGAGCCAGGACCCGACCCCGCCCGGGGACCGCAUCCAUCGCUUACCGACCGCCUCGCCUACACUCCUGCACUCCCCCGCGGCCGCGAGUGGUGCGGCCCGGCCCCGCCCCCUGACGCCGCGAGGGGCAGGCGCCCGUCCCGUCACGUGACGGGGGAGUGACCUCGCCGCCCCUUGCCAUGGGGGCUUCCGACCCGGAAGUGGCGCCCUGGGCUCGCGGCGGUGCCGCGGGGAUGGCGGGAGCCGGAGCAGGAGCUGGAGCUCGCGGCGGAGCGGCGGCGGGGGUCGAGGCCCGGGCUCGCGAUCCGCCGCCUGCACACCGCGCACAUCCACGCCACCCUCGGCCUGCGGCGCAACCCUCGGCGCGCAGGAUGGACGGCGCAUCCGGGGGCCUGGGCUCCGGGGACAACGCCCCGACCACCGAGGCUCUUUUCGUGGCGCUGGGCGCCGGAGUGACGGCGCUCAGUCACCCGUUGCUCUACGUGAAGCUGCUCAUCCAGGUAGGUCAUGAGCCGAUGCCCCCCACCAUUGGGACCAAUGUGCUGGGGAGGAAGGUCCUCUACCUGCCGAGCUUCUUCACCUACGCCAAGUACAUUGUGCAAGUGGAUGGGAAGAUAGGGCUAUUCCGAGGCCUGAGCCCCCGGCUGAUGUCCAACGCCCUCUCCACCGUGACCCGGGGCAGCAUGAAGAAGGUUUUCCCUCCAGAUGAGAUUGAGCAGGUUGCCAACAAAGAUGACAUGAAGACUUCUCUGAAGAAAGUGGUGAAGGAGACCUCCUAUGAGAUGAUGAUGCAGUGCGUGUCCCGCAUGCUGGCCCACCCCCUGCAUGUCAUCUCAAUGCGCUGCAUGGUCCAGUUUGUGGGACGGGAGGCCAAGUACAGCGGCGUGUUGAGCUCCAUUGGGAAGAUUUUCAAAGAAGAGGGGCUGCUGGGAUUCUUCGUCGGCUUAAUCCCUCACCUCCUGGGAGAUGUGGUUUUCUUGUGGGGCUGUAACCUGCUGGCCCACUUCAUCAAUGCCUACCUGGUGGAUGACAGCUUCAGCCAGGCCCUGGCCAUCCGGAGCUACACUAAAUUUGUGAUGGGGAUCGCAGUGAGCAUGCUGACCUACCCCUUCCUGCUGGUCGGUGAUCUCAUGGCCGUGAAUAACUGCGGGCUGCAGGCCGGGCUACCCCCUUAUUCCCCAGUGUUCAAAUCCUGGAUCCACUGCUGGAAGUACCUGAGUGUGCAGGGCCAGCUCUUUCGAGGCUCCAGCCUGCUUUUCCGCCGGGUGUCAUCAGGAUCGUGCUUUGCCCUGGAGUAACCUGAAUCACCUAAAAAAAAAACACGCUCUCUCAGCCUGGCCACCGUGGGUGAGGCCUGAUCAUCUCGGGGCACCUGUAAGACAGCCAACCCAGCAGCACCUAGAUGUGCUCCAGCACAGCUGGGCUUCGGUUUCCAUAUAUGCCAUGUGUCUGUCCAGAAGUAGGGGUUGGGUGGGGGUGAGGCUGCGUCCAGUGGAUUGGUCACUGUUAGACCUGGGGGAGGUGGGGUGGGGCUGGGAAAUUGGGGCAGAAUCCCCCUACUUUGCAGAUUUCCUGAGUCUGUCUUGUGCAGGGGGCCAAAGAAUGGCUUGUGGAGGCCCACGUUGGAUGAGCAAAGGCUCAUGAAGUCAGGUCCCAACCCCCAUUCACACCCCUGGAGUCAGCCCCAGCUCUCAUCCUGCAGCUCAGCUGGGAGUGUCGCUCUCUUGCUUUGUAAAUAAGGUGUGAUCCCCUUUCACGAGGCUGCUGUCAUGUCCAGGCCUUUGCUAGGAGACUGUCUUCGUUUUUCUCAACACUACUUUUCUGAUGAGGCAGCACCUUCUGAAAGGGAAAUCAUGUGACUGCUCAGAACGUGUCCUUCUCGUCAAAUGUUCAUUGGUUUAAUGGUGAUGCCUUACGUGCAGGAUAUGGUUACCUGUGCACUUGUGAACACCCAGAUGUUAGGCAGAUCAGUGUCUUUUCCUAUCCAGUUUAAAGUUGCUAAUAAGAUUUGACCCUUUCUCCCUCAAAUAAAUUCAUUGGUGGUGGUUUGGA